AUGGCAGCACCAACGGUAAUGCUGAAUUCGGGCCAUGAAAUGCCCGUGGUGGGUUUGGGAACGUGGCAGAUGGAAAAGCACAAUGUUGGAAAUGCAGUAGAGUCCGCGAUCAAAAACGGCUACAAACACCUGGAUUGUGCAUGGAUGUACCAUAACCAGGAAGAGAUAGGAAAAACAUUGAAAAAGCUAUUUGCUUCAGGGCUCAAGAGAGAAGACAUAUUUAUUACCUCCAAAGUAUGGAAUUCACUUCAUUCGCCCGAGGCUUGCAAGAAGCACGUUCUCGAAAUACUGAACCAACUUCAACUGGACUACGUCGAUUUGAUGCUGAUACAUUUCCCAAUGGGGUACGCUGAAGGUGGAGAACCGAUACCAAGGAAUGAUUCGGGUGAGCUCCAAUUCUCCGAGGAAGACUACCUGACCACUUACAAAGUUCUGGAAGAUUUUGUGAAAGAAGGAAAGAAGAUUCGAUCCAUCGGAGUUUCCAAUUUCAAUCUUCAACAAUUGAAGCGGUUACUCGCCAACUGCCAAAUCAAACCAGCAGUGCUACAGGUAGAAGCUCAUCCCUAUCUUCCACAAAAAGAAUUGAGAGAUUUCUGCAAGGAGAAAGGAAUAGCUUUGGUUGCAUACAGUUCUCUCGCCAAUCCUGGCUCAAAUGAAUUUCGAGAAAAAGAUGACCCAAAUAUCCUCGAGGACCCAAAGGUUAACAAAAUAGCUGAAGCGCACAAAAAAACUCCAGCGCAAGUGGUGCUACGAUGGGCGAUACAACAUGGAAUGCUUAUUAUACCGAAAUCAAUCUCAGAAGACAGAAUCUCACAAAACUCUGACAUAUUCGACUUCAAGUUGACCGACGAUGAGAUGAAGCAAAUAGAUGGCCUUGAAUCUGGAUACCGAGUCGUUAGGAUGGGGGAGGGCGAGCGUAAACAUCCACAUUGCCCGUUUUAG